UAUAAAAAGUCUGUCUAAAAUUUUAAUUUGUACGGUCUUUUUAUGGAGCCUGUUGUAAAACUAGGCAAAUAGCUAGAUGAGCUGAUGUACCCCCUAGAAGACCUCUUCCUACCCCCAAGGGUACACGUACCCUGAUUGAGAACCACUGUUUUAAGCAGUAAUUGGAAUGGUUUGGGGCCACCAUGGCUAUUCGGACCCAGAAAGGCCACCCCCGCAGCGGCCAUCCCGGGCCCCGAGAGGGGCUAGCUGGGAGCUGCUCAAGACUGAAAUCCGCUUGCAGCCACCGCUGACUCCAGCCGCCUGUGAGCGCUGCUGAGCCAGCCCGAGAGGCAGGGAGCGGGCCCAGCACAGAGGCCUCUGUGUCGGAGGAAGCUGAGGGCUAGGACCCAGCAGCGGAGGCAGGCCCCGCUGUAGCGCGGGAGGCGGAGCUGCUGGCCCAAGGCCGCCGGGGAAGCGAGGCAGAGAAGCGCAGGAGUCACCUCCUGCCCCUCUCCCUCCAGCCAGCUGGGCCCGGGGAUCCUGCUGCUCCUCGCCCGCCGCCUCAGCCGCUGCUGAGCUGUCCUGCCGGCAUUCGCUGCUGCGGCUGGGCGGGACGCGGGGGAAGAGACCCCAGGCUCCCUGCCGCCGGCCCCAGGCUGGGCGGGGCUCAGCCCGGCCCCCUCCCGCGGGAAGGGACUCCUUAAAUAGCGGCUGAAGUCUGGCUGCUGCCCAGCCAGGCGCCUCUCCCCGCCCCGCCACCAGCCCUCGCUCCGGCUGCAUCUUCACCUCCCGCUCCGAGGGACUCGGGAGCGUCGGGAUCCCCGGCCGCAGGGUUCGCGCUGUUACUGUGCCGUUGGUGGUGGUUUUCCUGCCCCUUUUUCUGCCCUUUGGCUUCCUGGGAUCAGAAGCACCCAGUGAACUUCCACCCAGAGUAACCAUGUUUGAAAUUAAGAAAAUCUGCUGUAUUGGUGCAGGCUAUGUUGGUGGGCCAACGUGUAGUGUCAUUGCACAUAUGUGCCCUAAAAUCAAGGUUACAGUUGUUGACGUUAAUGAAGCUAGAAUCAAUGCCUGGAACUCUGAUACACUUCCAAUUUAUGAGCCAGGGCUAAAAGAAGUGGUAGAGUCCUGCCGAGAAAAGAAUCUUUUCUUUUCCACCAGUAUUGAUGAUGCCAUUAGGGAGGCUGAUUUGGUAUUUAUUUCUGUUAACACCCCAACAAAGACCUAUGGGAUGGGAAAAGGCCGGGCAGCUGAUCUGAAGUACAUUGAAGCAUGUGCUAGGCGGAUUGUACAAAAUUCAAAUGGUUAUAAGAUUGUCACCGAGAAAAGCACAGUCCCAGUACGUGCAGCAGAGAGUAUUCGUCGGAUAUUUGAUGCCAAUACAAAACCUAAUUUGAAUUUGCAGGUAUUGUCUAACCCAGAAUUCCUAGCAGAAGGAACAGCUAUCAAGGACCUAAAGAACCCCGACAGAGUGCUGAUUGGUGGAGAUGAGACUCCGGAAGGACAGAAGGCAGUCCAUGCGCUAUGUGCUGUGUAUGAGCACUGGGUUCCUAAAGAAAAAAUCCUCACAACCAAUACUUGGUCAUCUGAGCUUUCCAAACUGGCAGCUAAUGCUUUCCUUGCCCAGAGAAUCAGCAGCAUUAACUCAAUCAGUGCUCUGUGUGAAGCUACAGGAGCUGAUGUUGAAGAGGUAGCAAGAGCCAUUGGAAUGGACCAAAGAAUAGGAAAUAAGUUUCUGAAGGCCAGUGUUGGAUUUGGUGGUAGCUGUUUUCAGAAGGAUGUUCUAAAUUUAGUGUACCUUUGUGAGGCUCUGAACUUGCCUGAAGUAGCUCGCUAUUGGCAACAGGUGAUAGACAUGAAUGAUUACCAGAGAAGGAGAUUUGCUUCCCGUAUUAUUGACAGCUUGUUUAACACAGUCACUGACAAGAAGAUUGCUAUUCUAGGAUUUGCAUUCAAAAAGGAUACAGGAGAUACAAGAGAGUCUUCCAGUAUUUACAUCAGCAAGUAUUUAAUGGAUGAAGGAGCAAAACUCCAUAUAUAUGACCCUAAAGUACCAAGGGAACAGAUCAUCCUGGAUCUCUCACACCCAGGUGUCUCAGAAGAUGACCAAGUGUCUCGUCUGGUCACUAUUAGUAAAGAUCCAUAUGAAGCCUGUGAUGGAGCUCAUGCCUUGGUUAUCUGCACUGAGUGGGACAUGUUUAAGGAGCUGGAUUAUGAGUGCAUUCACAAAAAAAUGCUGAAACCAGCUUUCAUCUUUGAUGGUAGGAGGGUUCUUGAUGAUCUUCAUAAUGAGCUACAAGUCAUAGGCUUCCAGAUUGAAACAAUUGGGAAGAAAGUGUCAGCAAAAAGAAUUCCUUUUGCUUCUUCAUGUGAAAUUCCAAAGUUCAGCCUGCAGGACCCACCUGUCAAAAAACCCAGAGUAUAAGUUUUACUAGGUACUGAAGGAUCACAAUGGACCAGUGUGAAUUUUUUUAAAGAAGAUAUUGUUCUUAAACUGUAAAUCAAAUUUUACAUUAGACAUGGUAGCCAUGUACCUGGUACAUGUGAACCCAAAUUUUCUAAUCUCUAUUUUUGAAAUAAUGUGUUGUUUGUUUGUUUUUCAGUUAUUGAAGACUGUACAGGCCUGAAUGGCUUUAGUAAUCAAUUUUUUAUGAACAUUUACUUCAGACUGGGAACUUUUGCUUUUAGAAAUAUUCACAAGCUGCACUUUAAAUUUUUUAUAAAUAACAUAAAGGCCAAAAGUAAUUAACAGAAUUGUUCUUGCUUUGAUUCAGGAAUAUGUGGUGCUCAGUAAUGUCAUUGGCCUUGCUGAAGAUUUUAAUUCGACUCUGGGGUAAUUUUGUUGUCUUAGAUGCCUGAUCUAACUCACAUAAAAAUCAGUGGAAAGAUUCUAAUUGACUUUAAUCAGAGUUGGACUGAGCUAUUAAAUAGAAUAUUGAUCUGGUUUUAACAAUGAGGCCCCAAUCCUAAUUGGGACUGCUGGGCACUGAUGCAAUAUAAAUGUUUAGUAAUGAUGUUAGGGAGCUAGAUCCAUGUCUGCCAUUAAUUCUGUGACCGUUCUGAAGUGGGUUUGCAACAACAGUCUGACUUACCAGCUAUGUCCUUAAUGAUUCCGUGGUCUUGGCUCUGUUAUACAUACCAUAUAGCAUCUGUUGUCAGUUGUAAAUUAUGGAUUUAAUUAGACUUUUGGGGUCAAAUUCUCCUCUGUUUCAGCAUUGCCACCCCAGUGUCUUAAACAGAGAGAAGCAUUUGGCUCUCCUGUUUUCUCCUCUUGCUUAGUACUGAGUAAAGUAAAUGUUUCUGUCCAAGAUGAUAGAUACUCAGUGGUUCUCCCCUUUCUGCUACCAUACAUGAGCUGGAAACAGAUGUUCUUCCCACUGAAUCUGCAAGAAUUUGCCUGUGACUUUUCAUAAAGUAGUCCGCUUGCUACCUCACUCUGAUUACCAGGAAUAAGUCUUGUUUGUUUUGAUAUUUUUUGCUUUUAUUUCUACUUUUCAUUGUCCUAAUAGGUCCGUGCUAUUAAAUACUUUUUAGUAAUAAA